GGUGUCUUCAUGAGUGACCUGCUCGGGAACGGAGCGCAUGAUCUCUGUCCCAACAGGAACUUGAAUUUGACGUGUCUGGUGGAUCCACAAUAGUGCUGGGUAGGAGUGUCAGUCAGGAGAGGUUUUAUGAUACUGGCGGCCGACCGAAGUCCAUGUUCGGGCCUCAAACAACCAUCAGUCCACCAGGGCUGUUGGAGCUGCCUGCUGGUUUUUCUCCGGCUCUCCAGCAGUGUAGACUAUUAUCCGGAGCAGCCAGCAGUUUCUGAGCUAUUGGCGGAAAGCUAUGCUGAAGACCUGUCACCCCUGGAAGGACCAUCAACUAGUCGCCCAAGAAAUUUCGACUCCCAAGCCGAGCCGGAGGAGAGCUGCCCCGUGUGCGGGGACAAAGUUUCGGGGUACCACUAUGGGCUGCUCACCUGUGAGAGUUGCAAGGGCUUCUUCAAACGCUCGGUGCAGAACAACAAGCGCUACACCUGCGCCGAGCAGCAGAGCUGCGCCGUGCACCUGUCCCAGAGGAAGCGCUGCCCCUACUGCCGCUUCCAGAAGUGCCUCGCUGUGGGCAUGAAGACAGAAGCGGUGAGGGCGGACCGCAUGAGAGGCGGGAGGAAUAAAUUCGGCCCCUUGUACCGACGGGACCGGCAGAUAAAGCAACAGACCGGGCAGGCGAACGCUGCCUCCGGUGGGAUAAAGGCGGAAGCGACACAGAGCUAUUGGCCUACCUCUCCACAGCACUGCCCCCCGCUGCACCACCCUCCGCUGCACGGUCACGCCAGCACCUCCGGCGCGCAGCCGUUCACGCUCCCCGCCGGCUUGUGGCCGCCAACUUCACUCGCACCGGUGGUGACGCCUCCGGCUCUGCCUUACCCAGGAAUACCCCACCAAGCCCCGCAUGGCUACCAGCUGGCGCCGCGAAGUUUCAGCCGCCCCCUCGAGAACUUUCUAUCGCAGCCCGGCGGCUCAUACUCACCGUCCGCGUCCUCCACCUGCUCCACACCGGGCGCCUCCGCGUCUCUCCCCCAAGCCCCGCCCUCGUCAUCCAGCCAGGACUUCCUGACUCAGCUGUUGGAAGGCGAGCAGGACGAGAGCCAGCAGUGCGCCAAAGUGGUGGCCUGUCUGCAGAGAGAGCAGGCCAACCGGGGCAAACACGACUGCCUGAACACCUUCAGCAUCAUGUGCAAGAUGGCCGACCAGACUCUGUUCGGGCUCGUGGAGUGGGCGCGGAACAGCGCGCUCUUCAAGGAGCUCAAGGUGGAGGAUCAGAUGCUGCUGCUGCAGAGAUGCUGGAGCGAGCUGCUGGUGCUGGACCACCUGUGUCGACAGGUCACCUACGGCAGAGACGGCUGCAUCUAUCUCGUCACGGGACAACAGAUUGAACUGUCGACCAUCAUUUCUCAGGCCGGCGCUGCUUUGAGCAGCCUGGUAACAAGAACACAGGACUUGGUGUCCAAGCUGAAGGCACUCCAGUUUGACAGACAUGAGUUUGUCUGUCUGAAGUAUUUGGUGCUGUUCAACCCAGACGUGAAGUCACUGCAAAACCGCCAACAAGUGGAACAAACUCAGGAGCGAGUGAACCGAGUCCUGAUGGAACACACCCAGCAGACACACCCAGGACACUCGGACAAAUUUGGCCAGCUUCUGCUGCGACUCCCUGAAGUCCGCAGCAUCAGUCUGCAGGUGGAGGAGUAUUUAUACAAACGCCAUGUACUGGGGGAUUUACCCUGUAACUCCUUACUCUCGGAAAUGUUGCACACCAAACAGGCCUGAUCCCGCUGCAUCCGUGAGCCAAGACAAAUGUGUAGCAAGUUCUAACUGAUGCACCUUGCCAUCAAGUAUUAUAUGUGCUGAGCAUUAAACAAUGUUUUUCGCAUAUUUUUGUGUCAUUCAUAGAGGAAGAAGGUAAAAAUGCUCUCAAAAAUGUUUAUUCACCUGGUCCAGUUUUAAAGGUAAGUAUGAGAUGAAUAAACAACAAAUUUCAGGUGGCACAGAUUCAAUGACAGAAAAGAAAAAAAAAUGAAAUGAAUGAGGAAAAAAAACAAACAGGACCUGAAACAUAAGAAUAACCAACUAAUUCAAACCAAAUAAAUACACAUCAGGUGAAGGGGACUUCUACGGGAGGAUUGCACAGAAUCAGAAUGUGUUCAUCUACGACACGACUCAACAAAUAAAUACAAACCAGGUGCGCUCUGACACAAUCACCCUCUCUCAUUCAGACAGUUGGAGGCAGUCAUGAGGAACAUCCGCACGGACGCAGUGGAAAAACUCGUGUCGCAGUAUGAAUCACAAACAUCGACACACACACACACGGUCCUGGGAAACUACAUUCCU